AUGCUGAACGAGCAAGCUAUCAUUGCUUCCAUCUCCGAGCAUUUCAAGGUACCGCCUGGUACCAUAGGUCCUUUCGAAUUUAACGACGAGGUAUGCGAGAAGAAGGCAAUGUUUCUCGUGGACAGUCGUCCCUACAUGCUCACAGUGCGACCGUGCGCAUUGCACAUUGAUGAGAAGUUAACCAGGAGCGAGAAAGAAAGGUUGAAGAACCAGUAUGAACUCCUAAAGUAUAUCGACGAGUGCUUCCGCAUACCAGUUCCGGAGGCUAUUAUGUACCGCCACGACGCAGCGGUGGGUGCCGAGUGGAUGGUCCGGUCUCACAUUCCCGGCCGUCCCCUCCCCGAGGUCUGGGUAAACAUGACGAGCGAAGAAAAGCGAAAAGUAUGCAUCCGCAUCGGCGAGAUCUGGGCAACCCUGCUUUCAAAGAGAUGGCGCAAUGACGGGAUCAGAUGGGCCUGCGAUUACGACAGUAGCAAAGGCGGCCUCCUUCCCCUCGAAAGCCUUCCCGAGCGCGGAACCGGUCGAUGGAGCAGCAUUGGGGACAUGGACUUUCUCGUGCAGACAGCGACUGUUCGCCGCAAGAUCGAUGGCGUGUGGACGCCCGUCGCACCCCACGAGCGCGCCGAUGUGGGUGCCGUCGUCUCCCGGAUCCGGACCGCGCCCAUCCUGGCCAGCGACCAUCUGAGGGCGAUACGCAACUUUGCCAUUGAGCACCCCGAGUUUCGUCCAGACGUCAUCCUGGUUGACUCGUCAGAUUACUCAAAGGUUACCGGCGUAGUCGGAUGGGAGUACCACUACAUGGUCCCGGUAUACGCGCUGAGAUUUUGGUUCUUCAAAGACCGCAAUCGCUUUGGAGGUUACGCUGUGGAUGUCUUGAACGUACUCAUCAUGAGAGUUGUCUAUGAGAACCUCCCCGAACUCCGGCUUCUGACGAGCACGGACGCUGUACCACUGUUUCACCUGUAUAACUUGGCCUUGCGGAGUCGUAAUUGGAGGAAGCUCGGCCUGAAUAUCAACAGUGGCUCUUACAUAGUGAAUAAGCAAAAGUAG